UAUUCUUGAAUUCUUCCAAUCUAGUUUAUGGAUUGGGGUUGUGGACAUUUACUAGUUUCUUUGAAGAUAGAAUCUGUAUGUUUCUUUUUCUGCUUGUUUUGGAAAGAGAGAAAUUCUGAGAAAAGAACGUUUUGGAUUUACUCGGCCGUGUUCAAACCAGAAGUACACUUUUUGCUUAUUUUUCCCAAGGGUUUAUCUUGCACAAUCUUUACAAAUAGGUUCUUGCAGCUGGGGGGCGGGUUGGAGGAGGGAGGUCCAGAGUGGUAAUGUUACCUGUGCUUACACCUGCAAAUAAAGGUAAAUGUAGUGAAAGAGUAAACAAGUGUAGUGUGGCCUGAGGAGCACCAAAUUCCUUACUUGUACCGAGGGAAUGUGGCAGAGGGCUGGGCAAGUAGAAGGAGGUCUGUUUCUUUUUUCUGAAUAAAUAAAUUAUUGGGAGGAGUGAUUAUUUUCCUCCUUGGAUGUUUCUUUGCAGGAACUCAUGCAGCCAGAAUCUGGGGCCAAUGGAACAGCCAUUGCUGAGUUCAUCCUGCUGGGCUUGGUGGAGGCGCCAGGGCUGCAGCCAGUUGUCUUUGUGCUCUUCCUCUUUGCCUACCUGGUCACGGUUGGGGGCAACCUCAGCAUCCUGGCAGCCGUCUUGGUGGAGCCCAAACUCCACACCCCCAUGUACUUCUUCCUGGGGAACCUAUCAGUGCUGGAUGUUGGGUGCAUCAGCGUCACUGUUCCCUCAGUAUUGAGUCGUCUCCUGUCCCACAAGCGUGCAGUUCCCUAUGGGGCCUGCCUUACCCAACUCUUCUUCUUCCAUCUGUUCGUUGGGGUGGACUGCUUCUUGCUGACCGCCAUGGCCUAUGACCGAUUCCUGGCCAUCUGCCGGCCCCUCACCUACAGCACCCGCAUGAGUCAGACAGUCCAGAGGAUGUUGGUGGCUGCAUCCUGGGCUUGUGCCUUCACCAAUGCACUGACCCACACUGUGGCCAUGUCCAUGCUCAACUUCUGUGGCCCCAAUGUGAUCAAUCACUUCUACUGUGACCUCCCACAGCUCUUCCAGCUCUCCUGCUCCAGCACCCAACUCAAUGAGCUGCUGCUUUUUGCUGUGGGUUUUAUAAUGGCAGGCACCCCCAUGGCUCUCAUUGUCAUCUCCUAUAUCCACGUGGCCGCCGCAGUCCUGCGAAUUGGCUCUGCAGAGGGCAGGAAGAAAGCCUUCUCCACGUGUGGCUCCCACCUCACUGUGGUGGUCAUAUUCUAUGGUUCAGGUAUCUUUAACUAUAUGCGACUAGGUUCAACCAAGCUUUCAGACAAGGAUAAAGCUGUUGGAAUUUUCAACACUGUCAUCAAUCCCAUGCUGAACCCCAUCAUCUACAGCCUCAGAAAUCCUGAUGUGCAGAGCGCCCUCUGGAGGAUGCUCACGGGGAGGCGGUUACUGGCUUGAUCAAUUGACCUUUUCUCCCUGCAUCUUUUGUACUAACGGAAAAAUCUUCUAGAGCCAGAAACUAGGGAAAAAAAUGGUUCAGACUUGUUUCUGUUUCCAUGGGCAUAAGAAGGACUUUUUGUAGGGAAUAAUAGUUUCCAUUUCUUAAAGCAGCCCUGCCCAGUUAUAAGCAAUGAGUGUAUAGGAUCUGCCAAACCAGCCCCUUAGACAAAUUCAACUUCAGGCACUGUGUUCUCUCCUUGCUGGCUAGAGGUGAAACCUAGGAAGCUGUGAAUGCUUGUGGUUCAUGUCCCAGAGGGAACGACUCUUUGGUCGGUUACAGCCCGAGUUGCCAGAAGUCCCCCAGAAAACUUCUUCCGAGAAGUCAUAUUUUUCCCUCAAGUUCAGGUAUGCUUGAUCUGUUUAUAAAACAUAGGUCUAGAGAUUAGAAUUGUUUGAUUUCUCCCAUCAGAACUCUAUAAGCAAAAAUAAAAAAGAAACAAAAACAAAAAAGUAGCUCUUUCUAUUCCCUUUAAACAAGGACCCCAUAGCACAGACAGGGGACAGAGGGGAAGCUGUAUGGUUACGUAUUCGCUAGUAAUUCUGGAGCACCUGAUGCCUGUG